AUGUCAUCAGAACUUCUUUCACUGCCGAAGGUACUUCUGAUGGGACUGCGGAGGUCCGGGAAGAGCAGCAUUCAGAAGGUUGUUUUUGAGGGCAUGCAGCCGCAUGAUUCCGUCAAUCUUCCAACGACGGUGCAGCCCGAUAAGAGCCAAGUUCACUCCAACGACUUUGUGAACUUUGAGGUGUGGGAUUUCCCUGGCCAGAGCGAUCCCUUUGACCCCAACAACGCGGGUCCGUAUGAUGUGGAACAGUUACUUGACAAUUGCGGGGCCAUUGUUUUUGUGAUGGACUGUCGCGAGUUGAUUGAGGACUCCCGCGCGCGUCUAAUCGAUACGGUGUGCGCUGCCUACAGGUACAACCCUGAGCUUUCGGUUGAGGUCUUCAUCCACAAGGUGGAUGCUCUUAGUGAGGAUCAUCAGGCAGAUCUUCUUGCCAGCCUGCAGCGUCACGUUGAUUUGGAGGCAAAGCAGCGUCUCGAGAGCGCGGCACCGCUGCGUUUGAACUUCAACCUUACCUCCAUUUAUGAUCAUUCGGUUUUUCAGGCCUUCUCAUUGGUGGUGCAAAAACUCAUCAAACCACAGUCCCCAUACAUCACAGAGCUCCUGCAGAUGCUGAAUAGCAACAGUAACGUGGAUCUUUCGUACUUGUUUCUUAGCCGGUCUAAAAUUUUUUUGGCCUUGGAUGAGCGGAGCCGUGCAAAGUUGCGAACUUACGGCCUCUGCAGCGACGCUAUUGAGGUGAUGAUGAAGAUGAGCCAAAUCUACACUCCGAGCACGAAGGAAAGGCGGGAAAACUGUCAUGGCAUCUCCGCUACCAAUAUUACCAAUAAUGGUGUAGGAAAUGGCCAUCGCGUGGAGAGCGUUGAGGCAGCCGUUGCUGCGGGGGCAAAUGCCAUUAUAAAAAUCAGCAGUGAGGACUACAUUUAUGUUAAGGAGUUGCCCAACUCACUCACAGUGGUGUUGAUGGCCAAGAAGGAAUGCUUCCAAAGCAGAACACUUAUCGACUACAAUAUUUUAGUCUUUUACAAGGCGGCAUGCGAUAUUUUCAAUGCCGUUCCCAGUCGGUCGUGA